GCGGGUCAAAGCUUGCGUCAGGGUGAGUUUGAGGCAGCUGUCACCGCAGCAGUUGCGAAGGCUGAGGAAACCGGCGCACACCUGAGGCUGCUCUUUCGGACGCGAAUCACUUUUUCGCGGGCUGCACGGCUAUCGACCCCGCUUCGAGGAAAUCUCGCUGCUGCGCUGGAAGACUGGCAUGCAGUGCGAAGCGCCCGUGGCGAGGCUCGUGCUGAUCGCCUACAGCGCCAUGAGAUGGCUGCGGUCUGGAGGCACACGAGUGCGGCAUGGACAAGCAUCUGGCAACAAAAGGGCUUCGUCCCGGAUCGCUUGAAGAGGCAGCUUGCUCGGAAAGAGGCACUCUGCGAGCCCCUUUCACAGCAGCCCUUGGCCACAGGGCAAGACCCCGGCCGGCAAAGGUCUGCCGUGGAGGAGGCACAACAGCAGAUCGAUAAGUUGCUGGCUUGGCAAGCGAGGCAAAGAGCUGAUCACAACGUCCCAGCUCGGCACAAGACAGCCAAGGGGAGCUUUGCGAAACUUGGAAGAUGGCAGUGCCGGCCCGGCUGUCUGUCGCGACUUCCGAGCGCCCGAAACAUCGGCCCCCGCAACAGGGUGUUCCACACUUAG